CGUUUGUGAUAAUUGUGAUUGCGGUUCGUGGUCUUUUUGUGGUCGUUUAUAGCGUAGUGUAUUCUUUUUGAUUUAGUUGUUGUUUACUGUGUGAUGUGUUAUUUUAAAUUUCAUCACCUCAAUUUCUGAAUUGCGAACUAAGAAGAUAGCAGAUAAUACGUUAUGUCCUGCAAUUAUGCGGAAGGUUUAUCUCCAUAUGAGUACAAAGGAGUUCUUGGUAUUCCUGAAAUAUACGAGCCGUACGACAAGUUUGAUAAAAAAUGUGAACUGUUAGCUCGACUUAUAAACCAGAGUCGGCAUGUUGUGGUACAUACAGGAGCAGGUAUCAGUACCGCAGCAGGAAUACCAGAUUUUAGGGGUCCAAAUGGAGUCUGGACAUUGGAAAAAGAAGGGAAAAAACCAUCAACUGACAUUUCAUUUGCUUGUGCCAGACCAACAAAAACUCACAUGAUCUUGAAAAAAUUAAUUGAGUGUAAAAAAGUUCACUACAUUGUCAGUCAGAAUAUAGAUGGUCUUCAUUUAAAAUCGGGUCUGCCUAGAAAGUAUUUGGCAGAACUUCAUGGGAAUAUGUUUAUUGAUGAAUGUAAUUUAUGUAAAAAGCAAUUUGUACGCAGUAGACCUGUAGAGACAGUUGGUAAAAAAUGUAGUGGAGUACCAUGUGCCUCAGAGCAUAUAGGUGGCAGACCUUGCCGUGGUAGAUUAUAUGAUGGAGUGUUAGACUGGGAGCACAGUCUUCCCGAAAAUGACUUACUCUUGGCAGAAUGGCAUUCAAGCAUAGCUGAUCUCAGUAUAUGUUUAGGAACAACAUUACAAAUUGUUCCAAGUGGUAACUUACCUUUAGAAACUGCCAAAUAUGGUGGCAAAUUGGUGAUAUGUAAUUUACAACCAACAAAACAUGAUAAUAAAGCAGACUUGAUAAUCAACUAUUAUGUUGAUGAAAUUUUUGAGAGAGUGAUGAGUUUAUUGAGGAUUGAAAUCCCUAAAUAUAAUGAUGGUGAGGAUUACACAAAUUUGGCUGAGAAUCGUGUCAUAGAGUGGACUAUUGACAGAAAAAGUGUCCUAGCAAUGGAAAAAAUAUUUAAGGCCAAAUGUAAAGGGGUAAAGAAGAAACGAUCUUUAGUAAAAAGAAACAUUGAAGAGCUACCAACUAAAAAUACAGAAGAAAGUGUGGACGAUAAAUCGAAAAUCAUUAAAUUAGAACAUCAAGAGACUAUAAAAAGAAACAUAGCAGAGUUAAGUUCUAACAAUGCAGAAGAAAGUGUGGAUGAUAAAUCAAAAAUCAUUAAAUUAGAAGAUCAAAAGACUGAAAGUACACAUAAAAAUGAAGCAAAUUAUGAAAUAAUGCCUAAUUUGAAAAAAGAAAGUGAUUAAAAUAUGACAGUUGUGCUGUAAAAUAAAUCAAAAUCUUGCCUUAGGAGCAUUAAAACUCAAAAGU